CGACAGCGAAUACAAAGCGUUGUACCCUGCGGCGCCCUUGCAAUCCGCGCUUUAUACCUGGCUAACUGCGGGCUCCAGACGGAUCCAGGCCCAGAGACCGCACCGCAUCGUUGUCGGCACUAUCUCCAAAUCUGCCGUGACGGGGGAGCUAUGCCCCACCUUGCUCACUCUUUGCCCUCACUCCCUCGCUGUGCCUCACACAAGGCCGGGGCCUUGGGGGGGUGAGGGCCCAGCACAAUGCAAUGUCGUGCGCUCGUGCCCUCUGAUAAAUCUUGGCUCGUUCAUUCGUCUUGAUUUCUAACAUCUCCACGAGAGCCUCCGGAUCGAUUUUUGAUAUUGCCCGUCCGGGGGGGCUCAUACUCUCGUCUUGUUAAUUAUUCCUUCUAAUCCUCUCACUCUCUUGCUUCGGGCGACGGCUGCCCACCUUCUGUUGUGUACCACCGACAAAUGGCCACUGGCAGAUGCGAACAGUAACCAGCCAGCGAACUUCCCGGAAAGGCGACCAGUCAUGCUCAGCAGCUCAGGCCCAUUCAACAGGAACUCAUAGAAAAGUCUACUCUGGACGAGAUGAGAUGAUCUGGUCCAGAGAUGAGCCGGGAUGACUACACUCCACGGGGCCUAUCCGACCCGGAGUCCCAUCUUGAUCUUGCCGGCCAACGUCAGCGACCUCAGGUUGAUACAGGCACUGGGUCGGAGGCAGUUGCACCGUCACCAAAUCAUCAAGGUCGACAUGUUACUCUCAAUGCCAUUGUCGAGGUCGAUAUGCUGCGGCACAAACUUCGUGCCCUCGAAAAUCUUGUCGAACGUUACGGCAUUUCAUCAAACAUCCCCUCUCUUUCUGAAGCUGAAGAGGCUCGGGCUCUCCAGUAUCGUUGUGAAUGCCUCGAAGCUGCAUGUAAGCAACAGAACAUGGACGUCGCCCGCGCUUUAAAAGGCUCAUCUCCAUUUCCACCACCUCAAGAAUAUACAUCAUGGCUCGAUCAUCAUCUUGCGCAUCAUGAUCGAGUAACACACUCUUUCCCCUCCGCGGCUUCUACUUCUAUUACCAACUUCUCGAGGGCACCCUUUAAGUGUUCGGACGAACAAUGCAUCCACUAUGUUUACGGAUUCUCGACGCAUCUGGAACGGGACAACCACCUUAGACUGCACUUAGCGAAGACUGCAGGUGAAUCUGGAUCAUUUGUGCCUGCCCAGAGCUCUUCGAGUGUUUCCGAAAUACCAGAGACAGGCAGCGGUGCUCUGCCUCGGGAUCGGUUGCCGCCUAUUCAACCCCCAACCACAAUCGUAACGAGUAAUCUCCCUCCUCUACCAUUCCCGACACCCUCAACCGCCUCCACAGCGACGACAAGAAGGGACCACAGUUCAAGCUUCUCUUUCUCGGACCCUAAAACUGCGCUGUCAAGAAGCGGCGAGGAAACCACAUCUGACCCACAGCUGCCUCCUCUCAAAAGAGCUCGCGUCGGACAUGAUCGUCUGAAGUCAAUAGGGGAGCUGAAGCUACUCCACAACAAUGACCCGUGUCUUCGAUGUCGAGCUUCGAACAGACCUUGCGAUGCAAACAACCCCUGUUCCCGAUGUUCGGGGAUGCCGUCAUCCGAGUCCGAGGCACAUUGGAGUAUCUUGGGAUGUUAUCGUGGAUCAGUGACCUCUCUUGUUGAUGUUUUGCUUCAAGGAUCGUUCGCCUGGUCACAACCUCAAACACCGCUAACACCCUCUUAUCCUCGGCGAGGGAGCAUCAACGAUCAAAUACUCGCCCAGAACCCCACUUUGUUAGCCGUAAAAAGGCCUGCCUGGAGGCUUGAUUUUCAGGAUACUUUUUGGUGGCAGGAUGGAGAGCCUGGCCUUGAUGAGCGUAUUAACCAGCCUCUAGGUCCUGGCUACCACGAUCAAGGGACAGCGCCACCUGUCCUACAGCUCAUUGCCUCUAGCCCAAGUUUCCGGGGUGCUGCCUUUGAUCUUCUGGAGCUGUUGAGUGCCAGCGGUCAGUUUUCCAUGUCCCGGGAAGAGGAACAAACGACACAUCCCUCGCUUUUUCGCGUCAAGCAGCUCUUGCGCGAAAUCAUAUUUUACGACACCUCUCAGCCGAGCCAAAUAUUACGGAGCGAAGGCACCUAUCUUCCGCGCACGCCUGUUGAUCAUCGUCCGUCUACCGAGCGCAACGUUUCCUUGAGGGAGUGUACCCGACGGUACUUGAUAUCUCUGGAUUUCGCAGCUUCUAUUUUACCUACUAUGGGCCUGAGGCAGUGGCUAGGGGUCUUCGUUUCGAUCUGCAUCUUUAGUGCCGUUAACACCAUAUUGGUUGACAUUGCCUUAUCGUUCCAGGGAAGCGAUCCAUCGCAGGCCAGCACAACACCCACGGAACGACCCGACCAAGUCAUUCGAAGUGUCUACCAAGCUUUGGUCUCUCUGUUCGCUACUUCAAACGACCCUUUGUCCAAUGUAUCUGAGCUCGAAGACCCCAUCGCCCGUAACAUUGCAAGAAUCAUCCGCCGAGACCAGUGGCCGCCACGGCAUUUAUUUUCGAGCUUUGAUUUUCUUAUGAAUCUCGGUAUGGGGGAAAUCCCUAAUGCUGGUUUUAACGGCUUUGUUUUGCCAAGAAGGCAAUCAUUAGAUUUAAGGGGCUCAAGGGUUUUCCCCCUAACACAACUGGAGAGUACGGCAAGACAGCUUUACCUGAAGUCCACGCCAUCCCUUACUUCAGCAGGUCUGUCGUCACAAUACAUACCUUCUGGCUCGCGGUCGGAUUUUCCUUUGCCUGGUCAGUUCUCAUUGCCAGGUGAUGUUGGAGGACGCACCCGAAGACAUACGAUAGGUGAUGAUGUAUCACCACGUCUGGAAUCCCGGCGACUUUCGGGUGAACCAAUUUCCCCGUCAAGGCUAAAACCACCUUCUCGUCGAACUUCUCUACGCCGAGUGUACUGCGACAAGUGUAAUGAACACCCAGAUGGCUUCCGUGGUGACCACGAGUUACGCCGCCAUAUUGAUGCCAAACAUUCAGCCACGGUCAAGCGAUGGGUCUGCAAAGAACCCAAGAGCCAAAUGCCUUCUGCCCCCCAACCAGUGAUUCCAUUGUCAAGAUGCAAAGCAUGCUUAGCACAGAAACGCUAUGGCGCAUAUUAUAACGCUGCUGCACACCUCCGCCGCGCACACUUCCGACCUCAUCGAGUGGGUAAAGCUAGUGGUGACUGGCCAUCCAUGAGUAUUUUGAAAGACUGGAUGCGAGAAGUGCGCCAAUCGGUCGAUGUUCCGGAAGAGCAUAUCUCCAGCGGUGAAGAUGACAUGGACGAUUAUCCAGCACCCGCUGACUACAGAGAUCCGAUACCGCAACAAGUCCCCACGAUUCCUGAUGCAUUACCAGCAAUUUCUACCUUAGGUCCAUUACUUUCGUCAAGUUCUAUCGAACCAUCAAUACCAAUCGAACGAGCAAGUCCGUCUCGACGGCCCACUGAAAAUCGCACCAGGUGCCCUCAUCCGGACUGUGGCCGUGAGUUUCGCGACCUGGCUUCUCAUAUGCUUACACACCAAGAAGAGCGGCCUGAAAAAUGCCCUAUCGUAACAUGCGAGUACCAUACGAAAGGAUUCGCACGCAAGUACGAUAAGAAUCGCCAUGCUCUUACUCAUUAUCGUGGAACGAUGGUAUGCCCAUUCUGUCCUGGUGUUGGCAGCCCCUUCGAGAAAGUCUUCACUCGUGCCGAUGUCUUCAAACGGCACCUAACUGCUGCCCAUCAAGUUGACCAGACAGGCCAUAGCAGCGGCCACCGGCUACCAGGGGUGGAUGAUCCUGUAGGCACGAAAGCAAGGUGCUCUAUAUGCAAGAACGGGUUUGGUACUGCGCAGGAUUUCUAUGAACAUCUAGAUGACUGUGUGCUUGGCGUAAUUGUGCCAACGACAAAUACGUCAAGUCAGCCAACCCGACUGCAAGGAUCACCCCGAUAACAUUGGAUCGCAAAAUGGGCUGUAUAAUUGACAGGACUACUACGAUGUCCGAUGAAAACUGAACGAACGCUACGGCUGGGAUUAUAUUGAACGAUAGGGGCAGUGAAGCGAUUAUUCAUCAUUACUACUUCUUCUUUUUCUGCUCUCCCUUCUUCCCUUUUGUUAUUUUUUAGCAUCAUUAAGAGUAUGUGCCUGGUGCACCGCAGGAAUAAGUUUCGAUUCUAGAUACCACCAAGAGUUACGGCGGCAUUGGUCGCAUUUUUGUUUUACUAUCAGCAUAUCCUUUGAUCAGGCAUUAUGUUUUUAUGUUUAUAUUUAGUCUAGUACGCAACUUGGAGUUGCAACUGGCUCAUUAUCGUUACAUCUCUUAUAUGUCACCAAACCUCUUUGAUCAUUGGCAAGGCAAGAUUUGAAAUACGUACUUAUUGUAAAAGCCCAAGUCUGGGCUGAUACAUGAUUCAUCUGCCCCUCUCCCGUUUAGACAUGCAUCAUAAUAAUAAUAAUACCUCCUCAUGUAUCAAAGUGACAUACGCGAACUUUUAAAUUCCGAAACCAGGAAUGACUAACUAAUGAUAUAUUAAACCCAGACGCCAAGAUCAUGCUGUAAACCGCUGACUGCUACGGAAUAAAAUGUGUGUAACGCAGUGAUUCGCUCCGAAUACAACCAUGCUUGGACAUGAUCACUUCGAAUUAGAAUCAUCAGACGGCACAGCCGUCUUCUCAUUGAUUGGGUCAACCAUGAGAGACUCGUCGCGACGGCCAAUGUGCUUGGGGCUAGAGCGCUUGAAGAACUCAUGAAUCUCUGGCGAGAACUCGCCGUCAUCGGGCAUGGCACCUUCAGUCUCCUUGGGACCGCGGCUGGCCUGGACAAGCUCCCAUUCGGUACGCAUAUCCUGGACCUUGGUCCGCCAGUCAGCCUCGGGGUCGUAACUCUUACCGAGGCCUCGGAAGCGCUCCCACAGGGACAAAUGAGCAGGGUUGACAGCAACACCGUGGUACUCACUCUCCUUGCCAUCCCGAAUAUAGUACCAGCGGCGCUCCUGCUCCUUAAGAUCAAGACCGGUAGUGUCGGGAAGGAAGAUCCAAGUCAGAAGCAUACCAGCGAGACCGAACCAUGGGACGACGUAGAAUUUAGUCUGGUCAUCGAUGUAGUUGUAGAGAACGGAAGCGAGAAGAGCGCCAGAUUUGCCGAUACAGGCGGAGAAGCCGUGGGCAGUAGCACGGAUGGGCGUGGGGAACACCUCACCAGCCACGAGGAAGGUGACCGAGUUGGGACCGAACUGGUUAAAGAAGGACGAGAUGAAGUACAUGGCCUGGAAAGCAUGGAUACCCGCGGGACUGGUGUAGUAGUCGAACUUGAAGGCGGGGAUAACGAACAUCAAGAAGCACAUGAAGAAGCCCACUUGCUGCAUCAUCUUCCGGCCGUACAUCUUGUUAUCGAUGAGAAGAGAUGCGAGAUAGUAGCCGGCCAGGGAGACGGUGAUAUUGACAAGGUUCCAGGUCCAAGUAGUGAACCUAGACUUGCUGUCAGGAGAGAUGACCUUGAUGAACUGACCCUGGAAAAGCUUGUUGCCGUAGAAGAAGACAUCGUUGCAGAA